GCUGUGUUCAAAAGAAAACAAGGUGGGAAAAAAACAGUUUUGAUGAAAUUAUAAGGAAAUAUUUGAAGACAGCUUUCAGCUGUGAUCACAUGUCGUGCUCCAGUGAUUUCUGAAACAGACUUUAAAUAUUCAACAGCCAGGUAAAGCUGUUGUUUUUAUUGAUUUUUUGUUGCUGGGAUCUCUGUCUGUAUGUGUGUGUAAACUGAAUGGUCCUACCUUUGUUUCAAAUGGGACGGUCUGUGUUUUGUCACAGUUAGGGUCACAGUUGGAAUUUUUAUGUGUACUGGUGUUGAAGAAGGAUUCGCUUCCUCCAGUUGAGUGUGUGUGUAGGUUGUACACAUGUCAGUUGGCGUUUGGAUAUAUUUCUCCUGAUUGUGUCGUGAUCAUCAUCGAAUGUUCAAACCUUCAGAGUGCAACACCUGGCCUCAGGUAUGAAUCGGUGAUCAGUUUACCGGUAGAUCGGAAGAGAAAUACGGACAUAAGAGAAUGGAGACAAAGCCAAGGUGAAGAAAUAACAGACAAACACAGAUGUUAUGUAAUAACAGAGAGAAGUAGCAGAUUAACAGAGAGAAAAGACAUGCUUUCUAAGAAAGACAGGAACAGAAUAAGAUUAUAAAAUGACAAUAACACAUGCAGUAAUUAUAACAGACAGCGAUACUGCAUAAUAAGAGACACUGAGGCAGACCAGCUGAAUGAGAGACACCACAACUCGAAGAGAAACAGUGAGACAACCAGAGAUUUAAAACAGAAUUCAGACAGGCAGUUAUGCAGUAAGAGAGACGUCAGUAAUACAUAAUAAAAGACAGUAAGACACCAGUUGAAUGAGAGAGGCACCACAAGAGAGACAGUAAAAGGGACACAACCCAUGUAGUAAGAGACAACACAGAGAGUGGUACAAAACACUAAGGGAUAGGGCAGUAAGAGGGACGCAGCAAAGGACACAUAACAGUAAUUGGAACACAGUAAGAGGGACACAACACAGUAAGAGGGACAUAAUGCAGUAAGAGGGACACAACACCAUAAUAGGGACACAACACAGUAAUAGGGACACAGCACAGUAAGAGGGACACAGCACAGUAAGAGGGACACAAUGUGUGCUUCAGGAGUGCGAGACCGACUGGCCGAGAUGCAGAUGAUGCAGAAAGAGUCGGGCAGUGUCGCCAAGAAGAAGAAAGGCAAGACGUCCUCCGACAGCGAGGAGGACGUGCAGAAAGUCCUGGCACGGGUGAGUCGGAUAGAGAAAUCGCUGAAGGAUGUCGAGCAGCAGACCGCGACGAUGGUGAAACUGCAGUGCGACAUUCUGAACAACCCGUUCUGCGACAAGAAGCAGGUGCUGCUGUGCGACCGAACCAUCUCCGACAUCCAGACGAACUUACAGCUGGUGCGGGGUGACGUGCGCAAACUGGAGGACGAGAAUCUUCAGAACCAGAAUUCCGGUUUGGUGGACACGGCCGUGGCCCGUGUCAAGGAGCAGCAGGUGAACCGGCUGACCACCGAACUCGCCAAGGCGACGAACCGGUUCUACAAGGGGCAGGCCGACUACAUGGACAAGAUGAAGCAGCGCGUCAAGAAACAGCUGGCCGUCACUGGUUGCCACGGCAACAUGAGCGAGAGCGAGGUCAGCGAGAUUCUCGACAAUGACUCGUACGCGAUCUUCACGCAGAAUUUCAUAUCGGACGUGACAAACACGGAGACGGCGCUGCGCGAAAUCGAGGAACGCCAGAAAGAAAUUCUGUCGCUCGAGAAAAGUGUUGUUCAAGUCAACGAGCUGUUUAGAGACAUGAACAUACUCGUCGUCGAGCAAGGGGAGACGAUCGACUCCAUCGAAGCGAACAUUGUUGACGCCAGCGAAAACAUAGUCGACGCAAACGUUCAGUUGAAGCGAGCCAACACUUACCAGGCGAAAGCAAGACGGUUAAAGUUCUGUAUUGCGGGGAUUGUGAUAGCAGUCAUCGUGAUUAUCAUACUUAUCGUCGUUCUCUCACUGUACGCUUAGUAGAUUAAAAUCAACAUGUAUGGUAUCUGAGUUACUGAGGAUAGAGUCGUUUCAUUUCAUUUAUUUCUUUUAUACAUAUUUUUCGUGCUUGUAUUCAGUUAAAAAGUCCAAGCACGUUGUUCAAGGCACAUGCCUCAGCUAUCUGGACAGUCUGUCAGUCAUUAGUGAGAGAAGUGUAGUGGCUUUUCACCUACCCACCGAGACAUAAACCUCACCCUGGGUGGGAGCUGCAUGGUGCCAGUACCAGGAUGCGAACCCAGUACCUACUAGUCGGCCAUAAGUCUGAUGGCUUAACCACUACACACCACCGAGGCUGGUCUAGGACCGAGUCGCAUGGAUCAUGUGUCAUGAAAUGUACAAAUUGUGACAGUUGUUUAUUUCAUGCUUUCAUCAACUCAUUCAAGGCUUGAAAUUAAUUUUGUGUCAAAGUAGGAAGCAAUGUUAAUGUACGUUGUAGCAAAUGUUACAAAUUGAGACACAGUUCUGGAAAGUACAUGUAGUAUGGUAAUUAGACAACUAAUUACUCUUACAAUGUGACGUUUCUUACAGCAACGUGGAAUACUUGAGACAAACAGAGAUAACCACUUUUGAUUUAUGUUAUAACUCGUGAACAAAUGAGGCAUUCUGGAUAUACUAGAUCUUAAAUAUUGUCCAAAAUAAGGUGGCAAGCAAAAUGUCCUUGUUCAACUGCAUGUGCUUAACCUUGUUACGGCUAUCAAAUCAGUCAUUCACAUGUCACUACAAGUUUGUAAAACUGGUUAUGAAAAGAAUAUAAUGCAUUUUGAGUGG